AUGGCUGCACUCUCACCCGUGAAAGACUCGGCAUACAUGGAUCCUCCAGGGCUCAAGCUAGAACUUGUCCAAGUAUUCUUUCGCCAUGACUGGGCGCCAGACAGAACGGGAGAUAACUACGAGGAGUUAAUAAUUCUCCCAGACUGGCCCUUCAAUCUGUCGGCAAAGGGUCCAGAGACGCUUUUCCGUGGCACUGGACCAAAGUCAAUCCCCAUUAACGACGAGGUCGACAAGCCGCUGUUGCCGGAUGGUAGACGGCCUAUUUACUGUGACAAGGGCGAGUUGACGGACAGAGGCCGGGCCAGCACCAUGGAGCUUGGGCGCCAACUUCGCAGGCUAUACAUUGAUCGACUGGACUUCAUGCCUCGGACGCUUGAUAUCGGUACCGUUUACCUCAGGAGUACGCAAUACCAGCGAACCUUUGUUUCGCUGCAACACCUUUUUCGCGGCUUGUAUCCACCAGAGUUUGUCGGCGGACGCCAGGCCGAUGUCGUCGUCGCCGUGGCAGACCCUCGACAUGAGACACUUCUCCCCCCGGAGGAUUACGACGAGCGGUUUGCCGCCCUGCUUGGAGAGUUCACAAGGCGAGCCGCGAUGAAAUGGAACAGCUCUCUCGAGAUGAGAUUCGUCAACUCCCAGAUAGGACGUUGGAUGCCGGGGGGCGGUCCUGUCAUGGUUGACAGCCAACCCCUCAAGCUACACGGUGUGCUCGACACAAUGACCGCCGUGGCAGCGGCACCUAGACCCCAAGACUUCCUCCCUCCAGAGUUCCUCGACCCGGGUCUGCGAGCCAUCAUGGAGAAGAUCUGUGCCGAGGAAGAGUUUGCCGGAUAUGUCCACAGCAAGGAAUUCCGCAGCCUCGGUGUCGGCAACAUGUUGCAGGAGGUCAUCCAGCGCAUGUCUGCUACAAUGCAUCGGACCGACCAGCCACAUGCAGGCGGGAAAGACGAGCGGCGUAUGUUCCUCUUUGCCUGCCACGACUCGACCAUCGCAGGUACCUUGGCUUCGCUGGGGGUCAUGAAGGACCCGGAUUGGUUUUGGCCACCGUACACCGCCUACAUCACGAUAGAACUCUUUCGUUAUGUCGGGCCACGAGAAGGCGGCCUUGUUGCCCACGACAGCACAAACGAAGCAAAAGAUGCUGGCUCCUGGUUUAUUCGGCUAAACUACCAAGGCAAGCCCGUGGUGAUACCUGGCUGCGUUGAAAAGGGCAACUAUCUGCUCGGCUGUGAAGGCGUAUACACAUUUGAAGCUGUAAGGGACCUCAUCGAUGAAUUUGCACCGGGCGAGGAGGGGCCAUGUUUUGUAACGACAGCAGAGCGGAAGAAGCUUCCGCGCAUAUAA